AUGUUAUUAAAAUAUGGUCAUUCUCUAAGCCCAGUCAGAAAUUGGUUCAUUGGGAAUGGCUUGUGUAGUCGCCUAGCUUAUCCUACUAAUUUAGCUUCUGAUCGCACCUUUACACAUUAUGCAUCAAGCUCUUACUACGAUAAACUUGUUAAAGAUGCCAACGAUCUCUGUGUUGGCCUCAAAUAUACGAACGUCGCGAAUAUCUUAACAAAGUUCAUAUCCAGCAACCAUGAUACUGCUGUAUUGAAGGAAAUAUAUCCUUCAAGCGCAAAUAAUUUAGACAAAGUCGCAGAAAUUGACAAUUGCCUCACGAUUUUGCAAGUGUGUAAAAUCCUCAAGUUUAACGAUUUUGACUUGAUAUCACCUCUUUCUGAGAGCAUUAGACUAUGUAUACUCAAAUUAUCUCGUGAUUCUGGCGAACAUGAUGUUUCAGGCUUGGCUGGCGCCGGCAUCAGGCCAAUCAUCUUUGCAAUUUGUAAAUUAUUUAACGAUUUGGGAAUAAUGUAUGAUCCCCUAUUCUUGGCGAUAUCAGAUAUUAUACACAAGGAAAUAAGCGUUCUUAACUGGGAUGAAAUCAACCUUCUACUCUCAACUUACUCCAAUCAAAAGUACAAUGAUGUUGAAAUAAUAGGUCAGAUUAUUAAAAAAAUAUCAGAGGAUAAUUUGGAAGGGCUAUCCCCUAAUUUGGCGAUAUCUCUCUAUUCAAGUCUCUUAUUUUUAGAGUGUCUAUCUAGUGCUGUUAAAUUAAAACUUGAGGAUCGUUUUAUCAUCCGUGAAUCUGACGCUAUACGAUUUAAUGAGGACCUAGAUAUUACUCAACUAGCCAACAUCGCAUAUUCAAAUUUGUUGCUAAAUUUUCUGACUAGUGAAGAUUUAAAUCUGAUCACUAGCUCUCUCUCAAGAACGGCGGAGUUACUCGGAAAAAGUAAGGGCAGGGAUUAUGAUAAAAAGUACUCAAGGCAACUGACAAUAAUUGUCUCAUUUUUAAAGUGCCUAUACCCAAACUACUAUAAUACUUUGAGCGGUAGUUAUCUGUAA